CACAAAAAUAGAAAAUUUGACAGAUUUAAGAUGAGCAGUGCAGUUACGUAUGCCUUAGCUGUUUAUCUUAAAGGGAUCCUGCAUCAAACACCUGUUUGUGCGUAAAGCCAACAAGACAAACGGGAUCAAAGAAAUGAUGAGACAUCAAUUAAAAUACCAAUAAACGUUUGACUAAAAUGAUUUCAUUUUUAUAAGAUACCUAGCUAUCUACUAGACUCCGCUCGGCUGCUGGUCUUCGAUAUGUUGGAUAAACUUAACGAUAGAUACAGAGGCGGCGAUAAGUGCGGUGCAAAUUGAACGUGCGGAAUCUUGCCAGCCAUGACAAAGUCAAAGUCGAAGUCUCACCGAAAAGUGGUAUCGCAGUGGGACGAAUACUUCGGAACAGGAGACCUCCAAGCCUGGCAGCAACUCAUGGAUGAUCUGGGUAUUCCUGGAACCUUUAGGAGCAAGACGCAGUGCCGAAAAGCUUUGCGAAAUGUCUGGGUGAAUAUUGUGGAUUUCCUCCACGAUGUUAGAGAAGGCCGGCAACCACAUCUCUUCGAGUCCCAGGCCGAACUUGGUCGAUAUACGCGAAAACAUAAGAAGUUCUAUCCUAAACGGGAAAUACCCAAAGACAGCCCGCUUAAAUCCCUGUUGGCCAUGGUUCGUUCAUAUUGAAGAUUAGUUAGAGUCGGGCAAGCCGUGGACUCGGGAUGGAUUUGGUGGAUUUGGUGCUACA